AUGAGUGACGUAGAGGAUGAACCGCAACAGAAAAUAUCUGGUCCAUUGGAAAACGCGUGGGACAUGAAAGUUCCCGAGUUUCGACCUGAAGAUAAUCCACAUCGACUUUUAGAAGAAAGUUCAUUUGCAACAUUAUUUCCUAAGUAUAGAGAACAAUAUGUUCGUGAAUGUUGGCCAUUAGUGCAGAAAGUUCUUGCAGGCCAUUUCAUAAAGGCGGAACUUGACCUUGUGGAAGGCACAAUGACAGUGCGAACAACUAGACAGACAUGGGAUCCUUAUAUUAUAAUAAAAGCACGAGAUUUAAUUAAACUCAUAGCUAGAAGUGUUCCUUUUGAACAAGCUCAACGUGUUUUGGAAGAUGAUGUAGCAUGUGAUAUAAUUAAAAUUGGUAAUUCAAUAAAAAAUAAAGAACAAUUUGUGAAAAGGCGCCAACGUUUAAUUGGCCCCAAUGGUUGUACAUUGAAGUCUAUUGAACUUUUGACAAAAUGUUAUAUACUUGUUCAGGGUAAUACUGUGGCAGCUGUUGGCCCGUAUAGAGGAUUAACUGAUGUUCGAAAAAUUGUUCAAGAUACAAUGUAUAACCUUCAUCCAGUAUAUGCGAUAAAACAGUUAAUGAUAAAACGGGAAAUAGCAAAGGAUCCAAAACUGAGAAACGAAAGUUGGGAAAGAUUUCUUCCUAAGUUUCAGAAGAAAAAUGUCAGUAAACGCAAAGAACCUAAGAAGAAGCGUAAUAAGAAGGAAUAUACUCCGUUCCCGCCACCUCAACCUGAAAGCAAAAUUGACAAGCAACUGGCUAGUGGAGAGUACUUUCUUAAGGAUGAAGAACGAAUGGCUAAAAAGCGGAAAGAGAAAGAUGAGAAGCAAAUUGAGGCUCGUAAGAGAUGA